GUUUCCAUACGUCACUUAUUAAGUUUCGUUUUUGAUUUGCAGAGUCAUAAAUAGCAGCUGUGGUUGAUCCUGAGAGCAUAAGCAACAUGUUUUCAUGGGGAGAGCACGGCUGCCAGCUGGGAGAUGGUUCUAACAUCUCAACAGCUGAUGGAGUCCACAUCACGGAACUGUCAGCGGGUCGCACUGUGCUCGCCUUCAUCCAGGGGGGUGGAGAGGCUUCCGUUAUCCGCACCGAAGAGAGCAAAGAUGGGAGAAGAGUCAGAGGAGAACAGAAGUUUGUGAAGUUUAAAGACAAGAUAAAGGCUGUGAGUUGUGGAGAUGAUACGGUCACACUGCUGUCUGAGAGAGGACAAGUUCUCUGUCUGGACACAAGUCUCGUUCCAAGGCCUUUGGCAGCUUUGUGUAACAUAGAGGUUUCUCAGGUUGCUUGUGGGAGCCAGCAUUCAGUAGCCUUGUCGAAAGAUGGUCAGGUGUAUACAUGGGGCCAAGGCUCCGGGGGCCAGCUGGGUCUGGGGGAGAGGCAGCCCAGCGCCACAUCCCCCCAACACCUGAACUCUCUGUCAGCGGUCCCCCUGGUGCAGGUCGCUGCAGGGGGGGGGCAGAGCUUCGCCCUCUCUGUCUCUGGAGCGCUGUUCAGCUGGGGCAGCAACCAUUGUGGGCAGCUCGGCCUGGGAGACACCACAGACAGACAUACACCAACUCCUGUUCACAACCUAAACACAAAGAAAACUAUUCACAUCUCCUGUGGAAAGGACCACACUGCUACUUUAACUAAGGACGGUGCAGUGUUUACGUUUGGCUCUGGUGAACACGGACAGCUCGGACACAACUCAUUCAGAGAUGAACUACGACCUCGGCUUGUUGCAGAGCUCUGGGGGGCAAAGGUCACCAAGAUCGCCUGUGGAAGACAUCACACAUUGGUGUUGACGGACUCCAAGAGGGUCUACUCCUUUGGGUGUGGAGAGCAGGGGCAGCUGGGACACAGAGAGGAGAGUCCUCCGUCUGUGCCGCUACCUGUUCAAAUGCCACAGGAUAUCACUGAUGGUCCUAAAGUAAGAAACAUCUUCGCGGGAGGAAACUGUUCGUUUGCAACUUCUGUUCAGGAAGCUCAAGAGGAGUCAAACACUGACAGCAAUGUAAAACAGGACUCUAUUGAUGGCCUGAUUGACAAAUGGCUCUCUAAAGGCAAUUCAAGAUCAUGGAAAAGGAGACAACAGGAUGUCCGCAGGACGUUUUCCUCUGCAUCACGUGUGAAUCAAAUCUUCAUGGACCAAAGCCAAGAUAAACAUUUCCGGACUUCUCCUAAGUACCACGGGUUGAACUUCGCGCUUGUGCAACGUGCUUUCGAGAAACUGGCAAAGAGGGAUGGUCUUUUGGAAAAGGUUGAGGAAGCUGCCUUGCACUUGCUUCCUUCCCUUGAUGAGGAGCCAGUGGGAGUGGAGGGGCUGAGGAUCUUCCUGAUUCUCAAUGAGCUCCUGCAUGUGAUCCAGAAAUACAAACUGCAGUCGAGCACAAAGCUCUCCGACGCGGUGGCUGCUGCCAUACAAAGUCUUUCUGCUGAAAGCCGUCGGGUCAUAGGGGACUGGUGGUCCUCACUGCCCUCCUCCACCAUGAGUAAACAUGUUAAGGUGUGGAAGCAGGCCCUCUCAGUGAUCCUGUCCAACCAGCCUGUUCCUCGAGAUUCAGGAGUCAGAAACCUGCUCCUAGUCCUCCAGCUGAUGUACAACGCCAACAGCAGAAUCGCAGGCCGUAAGAGACUCCCAGAAAAAACAUUCUGUGUGGGGUUCAGCGAAAACUUUCUUCAAGAAGAUGUUCAGCUUUGGCGGUCAAUGUCAAAAAUCAAGGAUACGGAUUAUCAGCCACUUAUCAUCUGCAAUUUCCCAUUUGUGAUGGAUCUGAAAUCAAAGAAAAUUGCUUUUGACAUCGAUGUUAUAUGCACUAAGAAUGAACAACAGACAAUGAUGACUUGGUGUUAUGGAUUGCCUCAGACAAAUCCCUACUUUGAACUGAAGCUGAAGCGAAAGUCACUUUUGGAAGGCACCUUCGGACAACUGGCUACUGCACCUCUCAGUGAGCUGAAGAAGCCACUUGUGGUCUAUUUCGAUGGGGACCCAACGAUCACACUUGUGUCCAACAGAGACCUUUUUCACCACUCAUUUCGUAGUAUGGUGUCAAACAAAUUCGAGAUGUUCAUGUUCAACACCCCGGAAACACUGGCCUGGUUCCGCUCCACGGCAACAGAUGAGGACAAGACAAACUGCUUUCUGUUUGGGGUUCUGUGUGGAUUGGCCUUGUACAACCAUUGUAUCAUUCACUUACAAUUCCCACUGGCUCUGUUCAAGAAGCUGCUGGGUGUAGAGCCCACACUGGAGGAUAUGAUGGAAUUCAGCCCGAGUGUUGGGAAGAGUCUGCAGUACAUCUUAGACUCUGAAGAUGAUGAAGUUGAAAACCUGUAUGCAGAGUUUUUGAUCAACUGGGAUCAGAAAGAGGUUGACCUUGAUCCCCAAAAUCCUGAAAAGCCAGUGACAGCUCAAAAUAGGAAGGAGUUUGUGGAUGCCUACGUGAGCCAUGCCUUCAACACAUCAGUGGAAGGUGUGUUUCAGGAGUUCAAGCGGGGCUUCUUCAUGGUGUGUGACCAGGAUUUGGUGAAGCUGUUCCGGCCAGAAGAGCUGCAGCGAGUGCUCGUGGGCCAGGAGGUCUAUGACUGGGCAAAACUGAAACAGAACACAGUUUGGAAUCCACGACUAGGCGACAACACCAUACAGAUGUUUUGGGAAGUGUUUGAGGACCUGACAGAAGACCAGAAGAAAGAUUUCCUGUGGUUCCUGACUGGUUUUAGGGGUGUUCCCAUUUUUGGCAUGGACGAGGUCAAGAUGAAGAUUCAACUCAUUCAAAUCCAGAGCGGUCAGACCUACGAUCAGCACUUCCCUGGGUCUCUGACCUGUCACUCUAUUCUGACCCUGCCCAUAUACUCUUCCAAGGAGAUCAUGAGAGACAGGCUGACGGAGGCCCUGCUGACGGUGAAAGGAUUCUCGGAGUGAUGCUGGAGGCACAACUGUGCUGGGAAAGGGCGAGACUGAUUUUCUAUUUUUGGAUACCUUUGUUUGUGCUACUUCAGGAUUCAAUCAAAAGCACUGUGCUAUAUGCACAUGAACUUUGAAAAAGCUAAAGAGCUGCAUCAUUCGUCCAAUUCUGUUCCGAAUUGAUUUUUAAAUCCUUUUAUUUGUUUUUAAAGCACUAAAUGGGCUGGCUCCGGCCUAUAUAGCUGAACUCCUCCAGCGCUACACCCCAGCCAGAGCGUUAAGGUCUGCUGACCAGCUGCUACUGGUAGUGCCUAAAACCAGGCUAAAAACCAGAGGGCACCGAGCCUUCGCGGCGGCUGGCCCUAGGCUCUGGAACACUCUGCCCCUCCAUGUGAGGUCGGCCCAGACCCUAGGGGUUUUUAAAUCUAAACUAAAAACUCACUUCUUCACCCUGGCCUUCUAAUCAGAGCAGAGCACGACUCAUGACACUUCCCUGUGUUUGAUUUUUAUAUUUGAUGUUGUAAUUUAUUGUCUUCUGUUUACAUCGGUAGGAAUGUGUUAUUUAUUAUCUGCAUGUGCAGCACUUUGGCUCGACCGAAAAUCGUUUUUAAAUGUGCUAUAGAAAUUUGAUUUGAUUUGAUUUGAUUUGAUCAUUCAUUCCUAGCAGCACUAAGCUGUAGCAACAUAACAGCUGAUUUUAACUUAUAAUUUAAGCUUUUUAUAUUUAUAUCAUGAGUUUUACUUCUCAGGAACCCUAAAGAAUAAUAAAAAAUAUAUAUUCUUC